UUCCGGAUGACUCCGAGGAGCAGAUGGAGAGGCUGCGGGUGUGUCGAGAAGAGCAAUGGCAGCUCCUAUCUGAAGAGCGAGUGGAACGACUGUAAGGAUUGCAGCUUGUCAGUCAGAAAUACCCGGGGCCUGAAAUAACCAUGGGGCAGCUGCCAGAACCCAGCAAUGGCCUCACGACAAUAACUAUAGCUCAACCACACAGGCAGAAGUAGGAAAUGGACAGCAGGAGAAACUUCUGUAUUGUGGGAGCGUGGUGCAGUUCCUUUGGUUUGACAUUGAGAAUAUGCUGAAAAGACUGUUCCCUCAGUCUCUAGUCUAUUGUGAACGGCAGCCUGGUAAAAGCCGAGUGGAAGCCCCAGGAAAGCAUUGUGGAGCUGAAAUCCAAUGCAGGGAAAUUCUGGCACACCAUGGGCCAUGUGCAACAUGGGAAACAAUUACUGUACCCUGAGGAAGCUCUGUACCUUCUUGAGUGUGGAUCCAUACAGAUAUAUUACAGGGAGCUGCCGCUGUCCAUUCAGGAGUCGUAUGAGAUUUUACUGUCUGCCAGAACCAUUCCAUUGGAACAGUACCAGGUCUACAGCCACUUGAAAAGACUGGGUUACGUUAUAAUGCGGUUUGAUCCCAGUCCUGUUUUUAGUUCCUAUGAGCGGAAAUUGCACCUGGAUUCUUCUCACGGUGAUCUGGAAAAGCACCAUCGCAAGAGGAAGCGGAGUCGCAGCCAACAGGGCACCAGGUCCAAGAAAAGCCACUGUGAUGAACUGGCACAGACCGAGACAGAAGGACAGCAGCCGGGUAAACCCAGUCAGCAGGAUGCCACUUACAAGGUGCUGGAACAGGACAUUGCUAAAGUGGCCCUGGAAUUGCGACCACAAACCAAAGCAGACAGAUUGGAAGAGUGUGACGCCAAGUCCUUGGGUAUCACUAGGCAACAAGCUGAGCCAGAACAGAAGGCCUGUUCUCAAUGUGUGUCAGGGAGCUCGGUUGCAUCUUCCCAAGGGAGUCCAGGGAGAAGUUCGGUCAUUAGGAAACCCAGGUGGGAUUUCAGCAGGAUAAAGUUCCCAAAUGUUGGACGCGACUGCCCUCAGACUAAGCUAAUGGCGCUCGACCCCACCCUCCUGCCACCGAACGUACCGGGCCGUGCCUCCGAUGAAGCUGCCUGGCAGCAGAAAAUAAACCUGAAGCACGAGAAGCUGUCCCAGAGAGAGAAGGAGAGGAUGAAGAGAGAAAGCAGGUAUAAAACAGACAUCAAUAAGGACAAGCGGGUGAGGCAGUGCACCAACUGGAAGGAGUACAAGGAGCUGCUCAAGUGGAAGCGUGCCAGAAAUAAAACGUUACCUGCCCACCUGUGGAAGGACAAAGUGCAGCCGCUUCUCAAACCAGGCCAGGUUAGCUCAGCAGGAGAACUACAACAGCACAUCUGCAUCAUGCAGUCUACACAACUCUUGGAUCAAACCCCUUGGCUGCAGGAACCGUCUGAGAAAAUAAAGAUAGUCUUCGAUGUGUACCAGGCUGAUACUGUGGCGGAAUUCCGUAAAACCCAACCUGGGAAACCCUUUUCAAGGAUGUGUGUUUGCAGCUUUGAUGGGCCAGUGCCAGACCUGCGUAUUAUGAAGAAGUUAGCAUUUCAGAGUGGUGAAGUUCCCGUUGUGUUUGCUGUGGUGGAUAAUGGGGAUAUUUCUUUCUACACUUUUAAAGAAUUCAAACUGCCGGUGGAUGUCUACCCCUGAUGCUGUUGGAGCUUUGGACAGCCAGUAGUUCAUUGCGCAUGCUCUCAGGGAUAUCCAGGACACUAACCUUCCGGUUAGUAAGCUUUAGUUAUCAGUGAUUGUCUGAAGCUUUUUGUCCUCCUCAUAGUGUGUGGACUACUUGGUCAUCCAAUCUAACUGAGUAACAAGAUUGUUGCUGAGACAGCAAUCAAUGAUUAUGUCUAACGGAACUUCCAAACAAUAUUUUAACCCCUCUGUACAAAGCUUGAACGUCAGAAAGAAAUUCCAGAGUCCUCCUCCACUUAUCCCAGCUGAAAUAUUUAUAUUCAAAAUUCAGUUGGUACCAGGAAAAAGCCAUUUAUGAUAUGGAAUUGGUUGCCUUCAGUUGCUUUGAAAAUAAGAGAACAAGUCCAAAAUAUAUUUGUUUGUUUUAACUGCAGUAGUAGUAAUUCUGCAAGACUUGUCAUACUUGGGGCUAAACAUUGUCAUGGGUUUGCAUGAUUGUCCCCAUUCUCCUGUUACACACGUUGUCUCUUUCCUAUCUAAACAACGACAGGUUUACAUCAUGCCUUUAACGUAAUAAAACUUCCGAAAAAUGUUUCACGAGUGUUUUAAAACAAAAUACAGGAUGCUGAGGCACAGACAGUAAUGUCAUCUCAGAUGAAUAAAGGUUUGGUUAAAGAGAGAGGUUUUAAGGAGCACCUAAAAGAAGGAUAGCAAGGUAGAGACGCAGGGAGGUGUAGGACAGUGACCAUGUUGUCAGUAUACCUUGUGUGUUGCAGGAAUUUCUAAAAACAAUGGUCCUGUAUCACUUACUGCAGUGGAUAUAAUUUGGCUCAACCUUAUUGGGUGGAGAUCGUUUAAUAGUUACUGAGUGUUAGCAUCGGAGGUUAGAACUAUAGGAGGGGAUGCUUGAAGAGAAAGCUGGGAGGAAACCACUGAAGUUUUCUUUAACUGACAUUUGUUUUUAUUAUUGCUUUUUGUAAUUAAAAAGAAAACCUGAGCAGAGAAGAAAGAGUUGAAUGUAAAAGUUGUUUCUCAGGAAGCAAGAUUUUGUUUAAUACUGAAAGGUUUGACACAGUUAUAGGAGUACUGCAGUGUAUUGAACGAUCUGUAGCAGGCUAGAAUUAUAUUUCUUUACAAAAAUACCACUGAUUCAUUAUUCAAAGAGAGGUGGGUUUUAAGGAGCAUCAGUUAUCUGAAACUCCUCCAUCUUUGACCAACUUCAAUGCAUCAUGUUUCAUUCAUGUAACUUGUGUAUGUUGACACUUGCUGCAUAUUUCACAUUUUGACUAGAUAAUGCUAUCAGCAUGCUUUUUUUGAGUUCACUGUAUUUCUCAAUUCAAAUGUAUAUUUUUUUUCUAUUCUGGUAUUUGGUUACUGCAAUACCUGCAUCACAAAUU